AUGGCAGCAGUGAGUUCAGUCGCGUGUUGGCAUGAUCUGGAUAACAGCGAAUACGACUGCUGGCCUCUGGAGAAACCUGAUGAACUGAACAUGAUCGACUGCGGAGGGUUAGAGAUGUCCUGGGUGGUACGUCCUCCAGAAGAGGUGGUCAGUGGAGAUGUAUUCAGUGUGACCUACUCUGUUACGGCUCAGGACAGCUUCUACCAGUGGGCUAUGGACCACGACAUCUUCCCACACAGUUCAGUCAGCUCGGCGACGGCAGCCAGGGUGUUCUGUGAGAACCACGACUGUCCUGCCAACUGGAAGGAUUGUAACGGAGACAACUGCUGUAUUCACCAUGCUAAUAUACACUCCUGUCCCCUGGGAUACAUGACUACAGAGAGGAUCUGUGGACCGUGGAUCCCUGACGACGGUCGAAUCUUCACACACACUCUAUCUACCGCUGGCAAGAUGACUCAAACCAACUGGACCGCUAAGGUGGUGCUGGUCCAUGCUGGGCUGACCUCUCUCAUAGCUCAUAUCAGAGUGGGACGUAUGCAGGUAGCACUGGAGGCUAAGACCACUGUCCUGCCUGUUAUAGUGUGUGGUGAUGGUGUGUGUGAUGAAGAGGAGGAAGUGUGUUCAACCUGCCCAGCUGACUGUGGGGAGUGCCCCAUGACGGCGGCUAUCAAAGUGGCCAUCGGACUUCCUGUUAGCAUAGUAUUCAUUAGCUUCAUCAUUACAGCCACGUGGUUUAAAUACCAGAAACAGAGGAUGCUUUGGGAUGAGAGCUGGAUCAUCGACUUCAGGCAGAUCAAACACGAUCAGAUAGCCAGGACUACUAUGGGCAGUAUCCUGUCUGCCCCUAUUGCUAACAGUGAUUCCAACGCCAGCUGUGUCACUGCUCUCAGCUCCUGCACAACCCACGCUAACUCACGCAAACAACUGUUCACACACACCGGGAUAUAUGAUGGAAGGACAGUGGCCAUCAAGCGGAUUCAGACCAAGACCUUUUCUCUGUCCAAGACCAUCAGACGAGAGGUCAAGCAAGUCAGGGAGCUGGACCACCCUAACCUGUGUAAGUUCUUUGGAGGUUGUGUGGAGAUUCCUAACGUAGCCAUCAUCACAGAGUACUGUCCUAAAGGAAGCCUGAACGAUGUCCUGCUGAACGAUGAGAUACCGCUCAACUGGGGAUUCAGGUUCUCCUUUGCUACAGACAUAGCCAGAGGAAUGUCCUACCUCCACCAACACAGGAUCUGUCACGGCCGCCUCAAAUCACUCAACUGUGUUCUGGAUGACCGCUGGGUCUGCAAAAUCACUGAUUACUGUCUGACCAUCUAUCGGAGGGAGGACGCUGCGGAACCCCUGUCAUCCUAUCAGAUGAGACUGAGAGAAGUGUACACGCCUCCUGAGUGCCAGACAUCCAACCAGGAACCGACCCUGCCCGGGGACGUCUUCAGCUACUCAAUAAUUCUACUGGAGAUAGCCACUCGAAGUGACCCUGUCCCAGUUGAGGACAGUUCUCUAGAGAGUGCUUGGUGCCCACCACUCCCAGAACUAAUCUCCGGCAAGGCCGACAACACCUGUCCUUGUCCCGCAGAGUACGUCGAGCUCAUCAGAAGGUGUCGGUCUCAUAACCCAGUCCACCGGCCCACCUUCGAGCAGAUCAGGAAGUUCGUCUACCGGAUCAACCCCAAUAAAGUUAGCCCUGUGGACAUGAUGAUGAACCUGAUGGAGAAAUACAGUAAGCACCUGGAGGUCCUGGUAGCAGAGAGGACCCAGGACCUGAUGCAUGAGAAACAGAAGACUGACCGACUGCUCUACAGUAUGCUCCCGAAGCAGGUAGCUGACGAUCUGAGGCAGGGGAAACCAUUGCAGGCCCAGAGCUACGUCAGCGCUACUGUCUUCUUCAGUGACAUCGUAGGGUUCACCCACCUCUCCAGCACCAGUACUCCUUACCAAGUGGUCGACUUCCUCAAUAAGCUCUACACGACUUUUGAUGACAUCAUUGACAACUAUGACGUGUACAAGGUGGAGACCAUAGGGGAUGCCUACAUGGUGGUGUCCGGGAUACCCAGGGAGAACGGGAUCCAGCAUGCAGCAGAGAUCGCCAGCAUGGCUUUAGACCUGGUCGGAGUGUGUCGGACCUUCAGGAUACCACACAAACCCAACACACAACUACAGAUACGGGCCGGGAUACACUCAGGUCCAGUGGUAGCCGGUGUGGUUGGGACCAAGAUGCCUCGCUACUGUCUGUUUGGAGACACGGUCAACACCUCCUCUAGGAUGGAGUCCACCAGCGAGGCCCUGAAGAUUCAGGUCAGCUCCAGUACAUUCUACCUCCUAGAGGAGAUAGGAGGAUACCUGCUGCAAUGUAGAGGGAUGCUGCAAGUCAAGGGUAAAGGGGAUAUGGUAACCCAUUGGUUGGAAGGGAAGCUGCCUCUCCAGCCCAGUAAGGACCCUGGUGUGAAGGACCCCAUUAAGGACCUCAGCACUAAGGUGGCCAGCAGGAAGCCUGCAUCCAGUAUGUCUGUGCUGGACACGGACAGAGACAGAGAGAUGGAGAGAAGAGAGAGGAUGGGAGAGAGAGACAGAGAGAAAGAGAUGUACGCCUCAAUCCCUGGGCUCCUCAACCAUGACCUGCUGCAGGACUCAGCCUGACCUCUAACCCUUUCCACUGUUGUGUACUCGUAUAAAUGAAUCCUAUCUAUAGUGUCUGCUAAUAGUUCCUAUCUAUGUUGGUGUAUUUCUAUCUAUAGUGUCUGCUAAUAGUUCCUAUCUAUGUUGUUGUAUAUCUAUCUAUAGUGUCUGCUAAUAGUUCCUAUCUAUGUUGGUGUAUUUGUAUCUAUAGUGUCUGCUAAUAGUUCCUAUCUAUGUUGGUGUAUUUAUAUCUAUAGUAUCUGCUAAUAGUUCCUAUCUAUGUUGGUGUAUUUGUAUCUAUAGUGUCUGCUAAUAGUUCCUAUCUAUGUUGGUGUAUUUGUAUCUAUAGUGUCUGCUAAUUGUUCCUAUCUAUGUUGGUGUAUUUCUAUCUAUAGUGUCUGCUAAUUGUUCCUAUCUAUGUUGGUGUAUAUCUAUCUAUAGUGUCUGCUAAUAGUUCCUAUCUAUGUUGGUGUAUUUGUAUCUAUAGUGUCUGCUAAUUGUUCCUAUCUAUGUUGGUGUAUUUCUAUCUAUAGUGUCUGCUAAUAGUUCCUAUCUAUGUUGGUGUAUAUCUAUCUAUAGUGUCUGCUAAUAGUUCCUAUCUAUGUUGGUGUAUUUAUAUCUAUAGUAUCUGCUAAUUGUUCCUAUCUAUGUUGGUGUAUUUCUAUCUAUAGUGUCUGCUAAUAGUUCCUAUCUAUGUUGGUGUAUAUCUAUCUAUAGUGUCUGCUAAUUGUUCCUAUCUAUGUUGGUGUAUUUCUAUCUAUAGUGUCUGCUAAUAGUUCCUAUCUAUGUUGGUGUAUAUCUAUCUAUAGUGUCUGCUAAUAGUUCCUAUCUAUGUUGGUGUAUUUGUAUCUAUAGUGUCUGCUAAUUGUUCCUAUCUAUGUUGGUGUAUUUAUAUCUAUAGUAUCUGCUAAUAGUUCCUAUCUAUGUUGGUGUAUUUCUAUCUAUAGUAUCUGCUAAUAGUUCCUAUCUAUGUUGGUGUAUUUCUAUCUAUAGUAUCUGCUAAUAGUUCCUAUCUAUGUUGGUGUAUUUAUAUCUAUAGUAUCUGCUAAUAGUUCCUAUCUAUGUUGGUGUAUUUGUAUCUAUAGUGUCUGCUAAUUGUUCCUAUCUAUGUUGGUGUAUUUCUAUCUAUAGUGUCUGCUAAUAGUUCCUAUCUAUGUUGGUGUAUUUCUAUCUAUAGUGUCUGCUAAUAGUUCCUAUCUAUGUUGGUGUAUUUGUAUCUAUAGUGUCUGCUAAUUGUUCCUAUCUAUGUUGGUGUAUUUGUAUCUAUAGUGUCUGCUAAUAGUUCCUAUCUAUGUUGGUGUAUUUGUAUCUAUAGUGUCUGCUAAUAGUUCCUAUCUAUGUUGGUGUAUAUCUAUCUAUAGUGUCUGCUAAUAGUUCCUAUCUAUGUUGGUGUAUUUCUAUCUAUAGUGUCUGCUAAUAGUUCCUAUCUAUGUUGGUGUAUUUCUAUCUAUAGUGUCUGCUAAUAGUUUAUAUCUAUGUUGGUGUAUAUCUAUCUAUAGUGUCUGCUAAUAGUUCCUAUCUAUGUUGGUGUAUUUCUAUCUAUAGUGUCUGCUAAUAGUUCCUAUCUAUGUUGGUGUAUUUGUAUCUAUAGUGUCUGCUAAUAGUUCCUAUCUAUGUUGGUGUAUUUCUAUCUAUAGUAUCUGCUAAUAGUUCCUAUCUAUGUUGGUGUAUUUAUAUCUAUAGUAUCUGCUAAUAGUUCCUAUCUAUGUUGGUGUAUUUGUAUCUAUAGUGUCUGCUAAUAGUUCCUAUCUAUGUUGGUGUAUUUCUAUCUAUAGUGUCUGCUAAUAGUUUAUAUCUAUGUUGGUGUAUAUCUAUCUAUAGUGUCUGCUAAUAGUUCCUAUCUAUGUUGGUGUAUUUCUAUCUAUAGUGUCUGCUAAUAGUUCCUAUCUAUGUUGGUGUAUUUGUAUCUAUAGUGUCUGCUAAUAGUUCCUAUCUAUGUUGGUGUAUUUCUAUCUAUAGUAUCUGCUAAUAGUUCCUAUCUAUGUUGGUGUAUUUAUAUCUAUAGUAUCUGCUAAUAGUUCCUAUCUAUGUUGGUGUAUUUGUAUCUAUAGUGUCUGCUAAUAGUUCCUAUCUAUGUUGGUGUAUUUCUAUCUAUAGUGUGUCUAUUCUAACUAUUCUGUUUAAUUGUCUUUUAUCCGAUAAGACGUUAAAUAUCUAGACAGCUGUUUUUCAAAAAGUAUAAUAUUGAGUUCAAUCAAUUAAUUGUGUUUUUAUUUUAGUGACAAAGUUUAAACGUUUAAAGUAUUUAAUUUAGUUGAUCGAUGGUAAUGAUGACGCUGAAUAAAAACCAUCGUGAAUCAGUAUGACUGAGUCCUGAGUGAUGGGGAUUGGUUUCACACACACACACACACACACACACACACACACACACACACACACACACACACACACACACACACACACACACACACACACAACAAGUUAUCUAACAUAGUCGUUAGUCCUAACUCUUCACAUCGUCUCUACCCAUGAGUGGAACUGCUUGACCAUCUGCUGCAGAGGUAAACACACACACACACACACACACUCCUCAG